AUGCCUAGUGAAAUUAUUACGUUACAACUUGGACAAUGUGGAAAUCAAAUUGGUAUGGAAUUUUGGAGACAACUAUGUGCUGAACAUGGUAUUAGCCCUGAAGGAAAAUUAGAAUCAUUUGCAACUGAAGGUUCAGAUCGAAAAGAUGUCUUUUUUUAUCAAGCAGAUGAUCAACAUUAUAUUCCACGUGCAGUUUUACUUGAUCUUGAACCUCGUGUUAUUGAUGGUAUUAUGAAAUCACCAUAUAAACAUUUAUAUAAUCCUGAAAAUGUUUAUAUAUCCAAAGAUGGUGGUGGUGCUGGUAAUAAUUGGGCACAAGGUUUUUAUCAAGGUGAAAAAUUGUAUGAAGAAAUAUUUGAUAUUAUUGAUCGAGAAGCUGAUAAUGGUGACUCUGUUGAAGGUUUUGUUCUUUGUCAUUCUAUUGCUGGUGGUACAGGUUCUGGUAUGGGUAGUAAUAUUCUUGAAAAACUUAAUGAUCGAUUUCCAAAAAAAUUAAUUCAAACUUAUUCUGUCUUUCCUAUGACAAAUGAAGUAGCAGAUGUUGUUGUUCAACCAUACAAUUCAGUAUUAACACUUAAACGAUUAACUGAAAAUGCUGAUUGCACAGUUGUAUUAGAUAAUACAGCAUUAAAUCGUAUAGCUACUGAACGUCUUAAAAAGACUACACCAACACUUGCUGAACUUAAUCAAUUAGUAUCAACAAUUAUGUCGGGUAGUACUUCAACACUUCGAUAUCCAGGUUAUAUGAAUAAUGAUUUAAUUAGUUUAAUAUCAUCACUUAUUCCUACACCUCGUUUACAUUUUCUUAUAUCUGCUUAUACUCCAUUAACAUCAGAUAAUACAGAAUCUGAAGUACGUAAAACAACUGUUCUUGAUGUAAUGCGUCGUUUAUUACAACCGAAAAAUGUUAUGGUAACAACAGCAGCUCGUGAUCGUAAUGUAACACAUUGUUAUGUUUCAAUAUUAAAUAUAAUUCAAGGUGAAGUUGAUCCAUCGGAGGUUCAUAAAAGUUUAAUGCGUAUUCGUGAACGAAAAUUAGCUGAUUUUAUACCAUGGGGUCCAGCUUCAAUUCAAGUAGCUCUUUCAAAAAAAUCACCUUAUAUUACAACACAACAUCGUGUUAGUGGACUUAUGCUUGCUAAUCAUACAGGCAUUUCAUCUUUAUUUGAUCGUAUUUGUGACCAUUAUGAUAAAUUAAUUAAACGUGAAGCAUUCGUAGAAAAUUUUCGUCGAUUACCUAUGUUUAAAGAUAAUCUUGAUGAAUUUUAUGAUUCACGUGAAGUUGUGCAACAACUUAUGGAUGAAUAUCGUGCAGCAACUACAAAAGAUUAUGUUAAUUUUGGUAAUUUACAAGCCGGACAAACUGAACAGACAUAG